AUUUCGGACAUCAUUUUAGCAAGACAUUCAUCGCGACAUCUCCAAGAACUCUCGCCAACCCUAAGCUGUCUCUAGGUCCGCCGGCCACCAGACCUCCGCCGAGUCUUGGGGUGCUGGUCUCGCUGUUUCCCGUAUCUCUCGUGUUCCUGGCGGUGGCACUCACCGUGCUGGCCAGGGUGUCUAUGGCAACAUGUGCUGCGGCGGCCGCAUGUUUGCUCCGACCAAGAUCUGGCACCAUUGGCACCGCAGGUCCCAGUUAACAAGAAAUGGUAUGCCGUGGUUUCUGCCAUCGCCGCCUCUGCAGUGCCUUCCCUUGUCAUGGCCCGCAGCCACCGGAUCGAGUCUGUCCUGCAAAUCCCCUGUGUGAUCUCCGAUUCUGCUGAGGCCAUGGAGAAAACCUCCAAUGCUAUCAGUCUUCUCAAGAAAAUUGGGGCUUGCCUUGAUGCUAAGAAGGCUAAGGACAGCCAGGGUUGUCUGAUUUUGCGGAGGAGCCGAGAGGGCUGCUUCUGCGGUGGCGGAGCUGGUGGAGUUUGGGAGGAAAAGGGUACCUCGGAGUAUUGGAGGGAGACUGAAAUUAGGCUAAUGGCAACUGCUGGUUUGAGGAUGUUGGAGAAAGGAGUUCAAGAUAGGAUUUUGGAGGCUUGCCGAACCGUGUUGAGGGGCUCGGAUUUCAGGUUUUACGAUGAUUGGGCUUCCGUUAUUUCCGGUUCUGAUGAAGGUGUAUAUGCCUGGGUCGUUGCUAAUUAUGCCCUUGGCACUGUAGGAGGUGAUCCUAAGCAAACAACUGGUAUUAUUGAACUUGGAGGUGCUGCAGCUCAGGAAAACAAGUUUCUUGUGAUGGUGAUACGUGAUUUGUUAAACCUUUGUGAGAUUACAAAAGGCAAAGACAACAAAGUAGUUAUUGCAAGUAAUAUAAUGUGAGAUGUUAAACUGCAUUUUCAUUCUAAUAGAGUAGGUAGCAGUAACUAGGCAUUCUAAUGUGAUAACUUUAUCUCAGUUAACUAUUUGCAAAUAAAAUUUAUUCAGGCAAAUGACCGUGAACUCCAGUUUUCGAUAGUUGAUGGUGAUUUCAAGAAGUUUGAAGGAAAAUGGUCUGUCAAAUCUGGUAAAAGUACAAUGCUAUUAAAUGCUCUUGAGGAGAUGAAAAAGGUUGGCUUUUGGAUAUGCUCAUGAAGAUGACUUCAGUUUGACACAAAUUGCUGCUUUAGUCUAUGUUUUUGUUUGGAAAGAGUACUUUGUUUUUUUGGAUGCGUAAUGGCUAUUACUAGUUGAACUGAUGUGAAUUUAGUACUCUAUUGUUUGGAUGGAUAAUGGCUGUUAGUACUUGAACUAAUGUGGGCUUUGGAACCCAUUUUGGUUAAUGUGUGUUUUGAUGAA